AUGCCCAAGGCCCGGCGGGCGCGGGGCUCCGGCCCCGGCGCCAUGUUGCCGCUGGCCGAGCAGAUCCUGCAGGAGGCGGCCCCGCGGCCCACGGCGCGGGGGAAGCGGCGCGGCGGCCAGGCCGAGGAGGAGGAGGAGGGCGGCGGCGGCGGCGGGGAGGGCUAUGUGGACGCGCGGCUGUCCCGGCGCAUCCUGGAGCAGGCGCGGCGGCAGCAGGAGGAGCUGGAGGCCGAGCACGGCCCCGGCGCGCCCGCCGUCCCCAAGCAGCGCAGCACGGCGCUGGGCCCGGCGGUGCGCGGCCCCGGCUCGGACUCGGAGGAUGAUGAUGAGGAGUGGCCCUCGCUGGAGAAGGCGGCGGCGGCGGCGGCAGGACGGAGCGGGGAGUACGGCGGGGAGGUGGCGGUGGACCCUGAGGACGAGAAGGCCAUCGAGAUGUUCAUGAACAAGAACCCGCCGCUGAGGCGCACGCUGGCGGACAUCAUCAUGGAGAAGAUCACGGAGAAGCAGACGGAGGUGGAGACGGCGCUGUCAGAGAUAUCGGGCUGCCCCAUGCCCCAGCUCGAUCCCCGCGUCCUGGAGGUCUACAAGGGCGUCAGAGAGGUGCUGUCCAAAUACAGGAGCGGCAAACUCCCCAAGGCAUUUAAAAUCAUUCCUGCCUUGUCCAACUGGGAGCAGAUCCUCUACAUCACAGAGCCAGAGACGUGGACAGCAGCUGCCAUGUACCAAGCCACCAGGAUAUUUUCAUCCAACCUGAAAGAGAGGAUGGCCCAACGGUUCUACAACCUGGUGCUGCUGCCGCGGGUCAGGGAUGACAUCGCCGAGUAUAAGCGUCUCAAUUUUCACCUCUACAUGGCUUUGAAGAAGGCUCUGUUCAAGCCGGCAGCCUGGUUCAAAGGGAUCCUCAUCCCCCUGUGCGAGUCGGGGACCUGCACGCUGCGGGAGGCCAUCAUCAUCGGCAGCAUCCUCACCAAGUGCUCCAUCCCCGUCCUCCACUCCAGCGCGGCCAUGCUGAAGAUCGCUGAGAUGCAGUACAGCGGCGCCAACAGCAUCUUCCUCCGGCUGCUCAUCGACAAGAAGUACGCCCUGCCCUUCCGCGUGGUGGAUGCCCUCGUCUUCCACUUCCUGGCCUUCCGCACAGACCAGCGGGUCCUGCCCGUGCUGUGGCACCAGAGCUUCCUCGCCUUCGCCCAGCGCUACAAGGAGGACCUCUCCUCGGAGCAGAAGGAGGCUUUGCUCGAGCUGCUCAAGUUCCACAGCCAUCCGCAGAUCUCACCGGAGAUCCGGAGGGAACUGGUGAACUCCAAGACGCGGGAUGUGGAGGGGCAGCAGCCCGUGGCCAUGGAGUGAGCAGGGAGAGGCAGGGAAAAGCUGCGGCCUGACGCGCUCCCGGGACGCUGCUGGGUGCGGUUGGGAGGCCGGUGCUCGAGCGAAGCUGUGGGGAGGUGUGCAGGAGCACCCAUCCCGGGAUCCUGCUGCUCCGAGUGGGUGCUGGGGGCAGGCUGCGCCCGUAGAGCUGGACCGCGCUCCCUGCGCUGCUUGUCACGGGGCAGGGCAGCCCCUGUCCCACCCAGGAACCCGGUGCCACCAGCACCCGGGAGGGUUUGGCUUGUUCCUGUAUUGGAAAAUAAAACCCGAGCCGUGUCCCUCAGCCCGGGCUGGUUCUGCCCCGCAGCCGCACCUCUGUGCGCUCGCAUCCCUGCGCGCCCCUGCCCUGUCCCCACCCCACCUUGUCCUGUCCCCAGCAGGUGGCAGAGCAAAGCCACCAGCCCCCGGGCUUCUCGCAGAGCCGCAGAUCGAAUCUGCGCUGCUGUCCCCAAAUUGCAAAGGGAGAAGGGACCCCCUGCGCACCCCCUCUUCCCUCCCUGCGCCCUGGCUGGGGGCUGCUCCCCUGCGCUCUGCCCUGAGCAGCCCCUGCGUGG